UUUAUUAUGAAUAGCGAUUGAAAAACUUUAUUUCUUAACUUCAACAAAACUGAACUAUUAACACAAUUUUUUAAACGCGAAAAACUAAAAAAUGAUCAUGCUUCCUUUGUUAUAGACCUUCUAGUUCACGGCUGAGUUCAACACAAGUUUAAAUAAUAGUGAUUACAAAUUCCCAGAUUGGCGUUUGGAGAAUUUAUUACUUACAGUUUUAGUUUUAAGUUAAGAAGUUUAAAGUAAAUAGAUUUUCUGAUUUACGAUGGAAAAUGUAAUAUAUUCAUAAAACUAGUGUCAAAUAUGGCUAUGUUCAAAUUUCCCUUGCAAUAAGUUUAAAGAUUAGAUUUCCUAAAAAAAAGUAUAUCUAACGAAAGCCAAAUAUUUAAUAUAUUAUUGACAAACAUUUCAUUUUGAUAGAUUCACUUUACAAGAAGUUAGAGAUUUUUAAAGUUGAAAUAAAAAUAUUAAAAACAACCGUUUUAAAAAGUGAAAUAUUUUUUAUUUGGAUAUAGGAGGAUAAUUCCUCUUGACGAGUUAUUAUUAUUUAUCAUUUAAAUUAUAUUAUUUAAAAUAGAUAUUAUUUAAAAAUAUGACGUAGACUAUAUCAUUAAAUACAAUUGGUGAUCAUUUGACGUAUCAUUAAAUACUAAUGAUCCAGAUGAAGUGGAAUAUUCUUGUGUAUAGAUACAAAAAACAAAGAACACAUUAUUUUAAAACUGAUAAUUUCUUAACUUAGUAUCAACAUACUAUCACAAUACUAUGACAUAAGUAAAAUUUAUUGGAAAAUUUUUUUUUUUUUUGAGGAAAAUGUAUUAUAUUUUUUCUUGGAUUUCAAUGAUAAGUAUAAUUAUAAAUCGUGUUGAGUUAUGAAUACGAGGAAAACAUGAAUGACCCCGGGAACAACAUAUUGUUUUAAUUGUAAAUGUAGGAGGGUAUGAAAUAUGUCAACGAGGUAAUCAGCUUGCGUUUGAUCUUCAACAAUCUAUAAAAGAUCUGACUUUGAUCAGAUUAAUUUAAGUUAAACUUUUGACGGGAGUGACGAUUGACUAGGAAAAAUGAAAUCUUCAUUUGCUUUUACAGUUUUGGCCACUAUAGUAGUUGUCGCAUCAUGUUUUCCUUGGACGAAAACUGCUGGCAAAGGUAUUGAUGGUACAAAAGGUAAAAUUAGUGACAAUGACGAAAGAUUUCAUCUUCAAUCACCCGAUGGUCAGUAUGUAUUUGGCCACACAGAAAAUAACCAGGGAAGAGUUGAAAUGCGAUCUGUAGACGGCACAGUAACUGGUUAUUACAGUUAUAUAGGUACUAAUGGCAAAUUAGAAUACGUUAAUUACAUAGCUGAUAAAAAUGGAUACAGGAUUUUGUCAAGUAAUGUUGCACCAUCAACAUCAGUGAAAAUUGAAGAGAGUAAAAAAAGCGCUAACGCUGAAAAGGACUUUAGUAGUAUAUUCUCAGAAUUCAUACAACAUAUAAAGAAUAAAAUAGCUCAAAAAUCAGGACAGCAGCCCAUAGAUCCUGUUAACAAUGGUCAACAAACUAUAAUUUUGGAUCCAUAUAACCCCGCAGGAAAAGACAUUCCUUCUAGUAAUAAUGGCCAAAGACCAAGCCAAUUUCCGGAUUGGAAAGAAUUAAAAACUUCAUCUACUCAAAAUCCCUGGGACGGAAAAAAUAAAAAUGAAGGACAACAACAACAAAACAUAGUAAUUCCUAACGUGGAUGACGUACCACCAAACAAGUGUGACUCCAAAGGACACAGUCAAAAUAGUGAACGAAAAGAGAACUGUUAUAAUAUCUCAAAAACUGUUCCUACCAAAGGAAGAAUAAACGAUAAUUAUGAAGAUGUUACUGCACCAAAAGAUUUCAUCAAUAAUAAAAUCAUCAGUACAACUGUUGCAGUUCCAAACAAUGAUGUCGAAUCCACAAAAUCGGUCACAGGAGAAACGCGUUUUAUGGAUAAUGAACCAACUGCGGUGCCAAUUGAGGAACCAACUCGAGAAACUACUGUGUCACAUUCAGAACCGAUCUAUUUUACUUCUUCAAGCAGUGAAACACUCACAUCUACAAUCGCAUAUGAAGAGCGAAAACAAACAUCUGUUCCAUACAUUGAACCUGCCCAAAAAACUACCGAAAUAUCUAACAACCGUGGAGAUAUCCAGGAAACGACUGAAAGUAUAGAUUUUAGUACAUCAAUACGUUCGAUCAACAUUAAUGAGGAUGUUGAGUUAGUAGAUCCAACUACUAUUGAUCCUAACGUCGAAGUAGAUCAAGUGACUGUAAGAAUUUCUUCCGAGACACCAAACCAGGAAGUAGCAACACUUGAGCCUGAAAGCGAAUAUAAUGAAAUGGCGACUACAAUUGGUAUUCAGUAUGCGACCGAAGAAAACGCUGAAGAUCGAGCAGAGUUCAGAACACUCGAACCAAAUAGUAGAAUUGGAACGACCGAUAGUCCUGCAGCUACUAAUGAAAUGAGCGCACAGACUGAAUCUGAAAUAAUAUGGCCCGACAUACCCCAACAAGUGCAACCGAUUCCACAAGUUUUGGUACCUUUAGAGUAUGCUGAAGAUGAAGAGUGGCGAAAAAACACAGGUGCCAUUAAAUCGCAAAACACGAGACGGGUAAGACGAGACAUUUCUUUGAACUAAAAAAUAUCAAAAAGGUAAAAAACAAUACUGAAGAAACAAUUCAAUCCACAACAGUUGUUCCGGAAUUCGCCACUCUUUUAGAUUUUCCAAGAUUUUUUUUAAUU